AUGACGAUGACAGCACGGCCCUUGAAGGUCAGCGAUUUGAAGGUGUGGAACUACGACGGCAGCAGCACGGGACAGGCGGACGGCCACAACUCGGAGGUACUUUUGAAGCCGCGGGCGAUUUUCAACGACCCGUUCCGCGGCUACCCCCACGUCAUGGUUUUGGCCGAUGCCUGGAAUGCCUGGGACGACCAGCCGGCGAAGAACAACACCCGCGCCAAGUGCGCCGAGACCAUGGACAUGUACCGCUCCCUGGACCCUUGGUUCGGCAUCGAGCAGGAGUACACCCUGAUGAAGCCAGGGAAGGUCGGGAUGAAGCCUACGGUGCCUUUGGGCUUCAACGCCGACAACAGCGAGCCCGCACCCCAAGGGCCAUACUAUACCGGCGCCGGCUUUAACGUGGCCAUCGGCAGGCCCGUGGCAGAUGAGCACUACAAGAUGUGCAUGUUGGCGGGAGUGAAGAUCUCAGGCAUCAACGCGGAAGUGAUGCCGGGACAGUGGGAGUUCCAGAUCGGCCCCUGCCGCGGCAUCGAGAUGGGAGAUCACUUGACCAUCGCACGCUACAUCAUGUUGCGCGUGACCGAGAAGCACGACUGCGUGUGCUCCUUCGACCCGAAGCCCGCGGAGGGCGACUGGAACGGCGCCGGGUGCCAUACCAACUUCAGCGUCACGCCGAUGCGUGUGGCUGGAGGCUAUGACACCAUCAUCAAGGUGUGCGAGGCCUUUGGCAAGGUGGCCAAGGAGCACAUCAAGGAGUACGGUGAGGGCAACGACAAGCGUCUGACAGGCAAGCACGAGACCUGCGACAUCAACACUUUCAAGUACGGCGUGGCCAACCGAGGUGCCUCCAUUCGUAUCCCGCGAGAGGCGGAGAAGAGCGGGCGCGGCUACAUGGAGGACGGCCCGCGGACGCGGGAAGACAGCGUGGGCAUGGCCUGGGCGCGCUGGUGGGGACAGGGUGAAUGCCUGAGCGCUGAGACCAUCGAGGCCGGGGGCAAGAGCCACACGGCCUUCGUGUUCAUCAAGCCCCAUGCGAACAACGAGAAGGUGCAAGCGCUGGUGAAGGACGGGUCCGUCACUCAGGAGAAGCUCAGUGGCUCGGGGCUCACCAUCAAAGCAGAGGGUGCCAUCAAGUCCACCCUCAUCGACCCUUGGAAUUGCGGGUUGCUGGGGGUGGAAUUCCGUCUGAGUUCGAUCGGGCCGGCAGAAUUCGAGGGGGGAGGUGAGGUGGGGUGCGAGGUUGGCGGUGUAAUCAGGGCGGGGGUGAUGAGGAAAGUGGGACCUAAGAAGUUGGGCGAUGGUGCCACGGUGGAACGCGGGCAGGUGGUGAAGGACAAGAAGAAGCUCAUCGACAUCCACUACGGCGCCAUCGCCGCCAAGGCGGUGAUGAUGAAGCCGAAGGACCUCACAGUCCAGGAGAAAUCCCAAGAAGAAUUUGAGAAGCAGUUUGGCGUGAAGUGGAGCAAGGUCAUGGAGGAUGGCUUGGUCUACAACGCGAUGGACGGUGCCAAGAAGCUCGGCAUUACUGCGGACGAGAUGGGCAAGAAGUACGAUGCCUUGAAGAAGGGCGAAGGCAUCAUCAAGUUCGGCGGCGGCUUCUACUGCGGCAAGGUCGACGACAUCUACGUCAUCAACGGCUUUUACAUGAACAUGCGCUCCAAGUUCACUGCACCUGGCACCAGCAUCUACUACUACGAGGUGGAGUGGCCAACGGAGAAGAUGUCCUGGGCCGACUUCCGCGGCAAGUUGCUGGGCCCCACCGACCCCGCGAGCGCUCCGGAGGGCUCCCUGCGGCAGAUGAUCUACAGCCAGUGGUCGGACCUCGGCUUGAAGGCACAGCCGGACACCGGGGACAACGGCGCCCUGGUGGAAGGGUGGCGACACGUGGACGGGUGGUGGACCCACUCGAAAGGUCGUGUUGUGCCUCAACGGGCACCCGGGGCAGCCCUUGCGGUGGGCAGCAGAGGUGGAGGUUGGGAGGUUUUGGAAGCACAGGGCACCUGGCAGAAGGCAAGUUUCCUGCAGAAGGGCACGCCAUGGUACGCACACCAUCGCGGUCAGCAGGCGCACGACGAACACAAAGGCACCGAACCGAACACCCACCCCUUGUCAGUGUGGGAAGACUGCGUGCAUGCCUCGGCGUCGCCCUUUGAGGCGCUGGCCGAGCGCAGCAACUGGCUGCGGGCCUCCAUCUCCAAGGACAGCCCAUGGCGUAGGGUUUUCGAUGCCUGGACAAAUGGGAUACCUAUGGACACCUAUGGGUGA